CCACUCCGUGGCAGCUUGGGGGGAAACCCCGGCCAUGGUUGUUUGCCCCCCUCCCACGGUGUUCCUUGGUUCUGUCCAUCACACCUCGGUGGGACCGUCGGCCAUUUGGGGAGGAUGCCGCUAGGCUCCGAGGAAGGCGGAGUGGGUGGUACCAUUAUGGCAAAAGGGGGGGGAGCUGCCGGAAAACGGCUCUUCGGUGCUGCUCGCUAGGUAGCUCCACUCACCCCACCCGCGAAGACGGCCGUGCUCUGUUGGGGGCUGUUUCGUGUGACACGAAGGAACCUGCAAUAGACCCCGAACAAGGGCCCCUGGCUAAAACACCCCCUUUCCUCGUGGAAUGGUGCCGCCUGUCCUUUGUGUAAACGGGGCGCAAGGCGAAACCACUCGCCCUCGGCAGGGGUGGCUGUGAAGGCAAGAAGGAGCGACCAUGAGCGACGGUGACAAGAACCCCGCCAGCACCCCGACGCCGGUCACGGACGCGCACGGCGACGGGCGGUGGCUCUCCCUGCAUCAUCGCUUUAUUGCUGACAGCAAAGACAAGGAGCCGGAGGUGGUCUUCAUCGGCGAUUCUUUGGUGCAGUUGCUACACCAGUUUGAGAUCUGGAGGGAGCUUUUCUCUCCUUUGCACGCUCUCAACUUUGGCAUCGGAGGCGAUGCCACCCAGCACGUGCUCUGGCGUUUGCAGAAUGGGGAGCUACAGCACAUCCGACCAAAGAUCGUGGUCGUCUGGGUGGGCACAAAUAACCACGGGCACACGGCCGAGCAGGUGGCUGGUGGCAUCGAAGCGAUCGUACGCGUCAUCAAUCAGCAACAACCGCAGGCCCGAGUGGUUGUGUUGGGCCUGCUACCCCGAGGCAAGAACCCCAACCCCCUGCGAGAGAAAAACCAGAGAGUGAACGAAUUGCUGGAGGACAAAAUGCCGCAGCUCCCAAACGCCUCCUUCCUCGACGCUGACCCGGGCUUCGUGCAUUCGGACGGGACCAUCAGUCACCACGACAUGUACGACUACCUCCACCUGACCCGCCACGGGUAUGCGAGGCUCUGCCCGGGGCUGCACCGCCUGCUGCUGUGCCUGCUGGGAGAGUGCCAUGCCCAGGCGCCUUGACGGGCGGACGGAUGGACAGGCGAGGAGGCCAAGAUCAGCCCCAUGUUCUGGGCUAGGCGACGGGGAGGGGAGGGGGGCCACCCUGACCAGGAACCAGAAUGCCGUCUCCUUCUUCCCCCCCCCCCCCAUGGGAUAGGCAGCAAAUAGCGCUUCUUCUGCCGCCCCUCGCCUUCCGAAUAUCUUCCCCUACCAGCAGGGAUCUCCAUGAAGACUGUUCAGUGGCUGUGGGGGUUAAAAGCAGCCUGAGGGGAAUUGAGAAAUCCCUGCCUAAAAUUUAAAAAAAGGGGGGGGGCACCACAACAUGUUUAAUGUGAAUCUGCCCAAGUUUAUGUAAUAAAAUGUUGUACAUUG